AUGAAGAAGAAAAUCCCUAAUUUAACGAAAAAGUUCCGAACGCCGAUUGCUUUUUCCCGGACAGAAGCUCUUGAUCAACUCCAUAUCACUUGCCAACAGCUUGUCUCCGCGGACGAAGACACCAAGCCCAGACAGAACCUAACCGAAACCAUGCCUACACUUGCACAAGCUGCGAAAGAGCAAUUCGACAGUUUACAUCGCCGGGAAAAGACCCGGCUUUGCCAGGAGGACUACUCGCUCUGUCUCACCAGCACUUGCAACGCCGAUAAGGAUAAUAAAAAUGAGCCUCUUGCCAUUGUCGGUAUGGGCAUGCGUCUCCCAGGAGGAGUUCGCACUGCCAACGCCUUCUGGGACAUGAUAAUCCAGAAGAAAGAUGGCCUGUGCGAGGUACCGGGAACUCGUUAUAAUAUCGAUGGGUUCUACAGUGCUUCCAAGCCACAUUCUGUGAAAACGAGACAUGGAUACUUUCUCCAGGAAGAUCCUACCUUUUUUGACGCCGACUUCUUCUCCAUAUCCAGCUAUGAGGCGGAAAGGAUGGAUCCUCAGCAAAGGAUGCUUCUCGAAGUCGUUUGGGAGUGCUUGGAAAGCGCGGGUGAAACAGACUGGUGGGGAAAGGACAUAGGGUGCUAUGUUGGAGUGUUUGGAGAGGAUUGGCUUGAGAGCGCCCUGAAAGACUCCCAAAAUAUUGAUCGAUUUCACGCCGUCGGCACGGGUCCGUUCGCCCUUGCGAAUCGUGUAUCCUACGAAUUCGAUUUUCGAGGUCCUAGUAUAACUCUUCAAACAGGUUGUUCAUCGUCGCUUGUUGGAUUGCAUGAGGCAUGCCAGGCUAUCCAGGCCGGGGAGUGCAGCGGCGCCAUCGUCGCUGGUACCAGCUUGAUUUUGACCCCAACAAUGACCACAACUAUGUCUGAUAACAUGGUGCUAUCGCCUAGUGGUAUAUGCAAGACAUUUGACGAGAGUGCGGAUGGGUAUGGUCGUGGGGAAGCUAUUAAUGCUAUUUAUGUUAAGACAUUGAGCCAGGCGAUUAAAGACAACGACACUAUUCGGGCAGUUAUCCGAUCCACCUCCACUAAUUGUGAUGGAAGGACCCCUAGUAUCUCUACACCAGGGUCAAGCUCUCAGCUAGAGUUGAUAAAGCGCGCAUACCAAAAGGCCCGCAUUCACGAUAUGUCCAAAACUGCCUUUUUUGAAUGCCAUGGGACGGGUACCAGCGUUGGAGAUACAUCAGAAACAUCCGUCGUCGCCAAGCUAUUCAUGGAAAAAGGAAUUCUGAUAGGAGCCGUGAAACCGAAUGUUGGCCACAGCGAAGGCGCCUCGGGCAUAACCAGCAUUAUAAAAGCCGCUUUGGCGCUGGAGCAUCAGAUGAUUCCUCCAAAUGCGCACUUGACCACGCCAAACCCGAAGAUCCCAUGGGACGAGGGAAAGUUACAUGUCCCCACUGAACCGACAGCCUGGCCGAUGGAUCGUGCCAAGCGCGUGAGUGUAAAUUGCUUUGGAAUCGGUGGCUCCAACGCUCAUGCUAUACUUGAUUCUGCACAGGAAUGCGGUGUACAAUAUAACGAAGUCUUGAAAAAGCACGAUGAAGCCGGGUUGCUUGUUGUUUCGGCAAAGAGCAACGAAGCCUUGAAGAAACGAAUCGCCGAGAUUACUGAAUACAAUAAUAGUCAUCCUUCCUGUUUUCAUGACUUGGCGUACACCUUAGGCCUUCGUCGCGAGCAUCUUUCGCAUCGUGCGUUUGCAGUUGUGAAUCCCGGCGUGCCACUUGACGUUUCUGCUUUCCAGAGUCAUUCUUCGAAGCCACGAGAUAUGGUUUUUGUGUUCACCGGACAAGGUGCACAGUGGCAGGGGAUGGGAAGCCAGCUAAUGGAGGCCUUCAGCAGUUUCCGAAAUGACAUCCAUCUAAUGGAUGAGAUAUUGCACGCAGUUGAUGGAACACUGGAUUGGUCAUUAACGGAUGAGCUUUGUACUCUAGGAGAUAAAUUACGUGUGGAUCGAGCAGAUCUGUCGCAACCGCUAUGCACUGCGGUGCAGAUUGGCCUCGUUAACCUGCUGCAUGGCUGGGGGGUCAAGGCCUCAGCUGUUGUGGGCCACUCUAGCGGCGAGAUUGCGGCGGCAUACGCCGCAGGUGCUCUGACGCUGCGAUCAGCCAUAUUGCUGGCAUUCUAUCGCGGGCAAGUGGCAAGAAACAAAGAUGGCUCAGGAGCGAUGGCGGCGGUAGGACUAGGCCGGGAGGACAUUGCUCCAUAUAUAUCUAGAGUCGAUGGAAUCGCGAUUGCCUGUGAGAACAGCCCUAGUAGCACCACUAUCUCGGGGCAUCAAGACCAAGUUGCACGCUUCCGUGAGUUAAUUCAGAAAGAACAGCCAGAGACCUUCUUUCGCCAACUCCGCGUGAGAAUCGCGUACCAUUCCCACCAUAUGCUGGACUUAGGAAACGUAUAUGAGGACCUUAUGAAACCCUACAUUGAAACUAAUCCGGAGAUGGUGCCUCUGUUUUCUAGUGUUACUGGAAAUAUAAUCACCAAUCCAACAGAGCUCGGCGCAUCCUACUUUCGUCGCAAUCUAGAGUCUCCAGUGCUUUUUAACCUGGCUAUUCAGAACAUCUUUCAACACCAGCCGGGGUCUCAAACCUUCCUAGAGGUGGGCCCGCACUCGGCGCUCGCUGGGCCACUCCAGCAGAUUUUUGCGACGUAUAAGGGCAAGGAUCAUCCAGUGUACAUUCCCACAUUGGUACGCAACAGUGAAAGCAGUGCACGAGAUCAGCUUCUCACAAUGCUUGGUCGUGUCUAUAUAAAUAACACCACCUCGAACCUGUCACGUAUUGUUCAUCACGGACGGCUCUUAAUAGACUUACCAACCUAUCCUUGGCAACAUGCUCGCACGUUUAGAAAUGAAAGCCAUAUAGUGAACAAAUGGAGAACGAGCCAAGUAUCCCAUCAUGAGCUGCUUGGUUCGAGGGUGUCAGGCACAUCGGACCUGGAGCCGAUGUGGCGGAAUGUGUUCCGUUUAGAAGAUGCCCCGUGGGUUGGUGACCAUGUCCUCCAGGGAGACAUCAUCUUCCCUGCUGCUGGCUACAUUUCAAUGGCAGGGGAAGCAGUUAUGCAGCUGCAUGAUGAUGAAGGCUACUCACUGCGCAACGUGACCCUGAAAGAGGCGCUACUUUUAAAGGAUAUGGAGCAUACGGAGAUGGUCACGAGUUUAAAGCCGCUUCGGCUAAAUGAUCUGGCAGACUCAGAAUGGUACACAUUUACCAUUACGUCCCGGUCAAAUGACGAUUGGGUGAAACAUUGCCAUGGAGAGGUCCGGCCUGGAUUUGACACUACUCUCAAACAAGUGGAAGGGGAUAUACCGACUUAUCCAAGAGCUGUUCAGACUGACAAAUGGUACCAGGCUUUAGACCAUUGCGGUCUGAGUUAUGGAGAAUCGUUCCAGGGUCUAGGCGAUAUUUCAGUGGAUCCAAAUGAUUUCCAGGCUGCAGCGACUGUGAAGGAUGACAAGGAGUCAUACACUAGUAGAUAUCCACUACAUCCUACAGUGAUUGAUAAUUGUCUACAGUUGUUCAGCGUGGCAGCCACCAACGGGGUUACUCGCCGCCUGGACAUGAAGGCCAUUCCAACUGCAUUUGAGAAGCUCUCUGUUGCUGUAGGCGGCCCGGCCAUGAGAGUAAUGGCUCGGAGCAGAACGUUGGCGAGCGGUAUCUUGAGUGGCGACGCAACACUUAUGCAAGGCGACAGGGCAGUUCUAUCUAUAUCGAAGGCGACGCUUUUUUCGGUCAAUGCGUUUGAUGAUGAAUCGGCUGUCAUAACAGAGGUCCGGUGGAAGCCAGAUAUUGAACUAUUUCCCGCAAUUGAUAUGGUUAAGAAAGACACUGAUAAUCAGACAUACGUUGAAAGUUUGGUCUUAGGCGAAAAGGCAGCCAUUCUUAAAAUUCUCGAUAUAGAUUCACAAACUCGAGCUGUCGAGACGCAGAUUCCUCAUCUGAAAAAAUGGAUAGACUGGGUACACUCGGAAGCCCACAAGAUCCGGGAGGGCCAACACAGCAUCGUCCCGGAGUCUCAACAGUGGUCUCAUAUGGACGAAAUCAAGAGAAAGGAAUUAUUUGCCUCCUUGAUGGACACUUGUGCUGACAAGCAUGGUCAAACUGCAAAGGAAAUUGACUCCGUAUUAUCCAACUACGAGGCAUUUUUGUCAGGAGAGAUCAAUCCCCUAGAGUACAUGAUGGAUAGUGAAAGACUUCCAGUUAUUUAUUCGUACUCUAUUAGACAUGUGGAUUGGAGUCCCAUUUUGUCCCUCCUCUCUCAUUCCAAUCCCUCGCUGAAAAUUCUUGAGGUUGGUGCUGGAACUGGAGCUGCCACAGCAUAUGCGCUAUCACAGCUGGAAUCGCAGGGAAUCGCAAUGUACUCGAGCUACACGUUCACAGACAUAUCACCAGGAUUUCUAUCCUCCGCGAAAGAAAAAUUCAGUGGCCAUGAGAACAUGGAAUACAAGACAUUGGACAUCAGUCGGGAACCAAUCGAGCAGGGAUUCGAGCUAGACAGUUACGAUCUAGUCAUUGCAUCGAAUGUUCUGCAUGCCACCCCAUCCCUCCAUGCUACGCUACGAAAUGUCAAUAGCUUGCUGAAGCCUAAUGGCUACUUGAUCCUGCAUGAACUUUGGACAGAUCUCCUGACUGUUCCUGUCAUUAUGGGUCUACUUCCUGGUUGGUGGGUCGGUGAGAAUGAUGGCAGAAUAAGUGUUCCAUUUGUUUCACCUGCACGCUGGGACCAUGAACUGCGGAGUGCCGGAUUUACGGGGGCUGAAGUAACACUGUUUGAUGGAGAUCCACCAGUUACUCAAACUUUCAGCAUGAUAUCGAGGACAAUUUCGGCCAAUAUGGAGCCACAGCCGCUGGCAUUAAUUACCUUUGAUGGUAGGAAUCGGUGGGCGACAGAUAUGGCAAGUCGGUUAGGCGCAGAGGGCUUCCACAUAAAUUGGGCCUGCUUACAGGACGAUCCGCUGGAGGGCCAAGACAUCAUAGUGAUUGACCUGGAUAUCCCCUUUCUCUACGACAUUUCGGAGAGUAACUACAAAUUGCUUCAUGAUUAUAUGCUGAAGAUACAGAAUUCCAGGCUUGUUUGGUUUACUCAGUCGGCUCAGCUAGGCUGCAGUGACCCCAGAUUUGGACUGAAUACAGGGUUCUUUCGAACCCUUCGCCGUGAGUUGCAUGUGGAUAUCUCAGUUGUGGAGAUUGACGACAAGCUUGACCCUCGCUCUCUGGAAGCUGCAUUAUCCGCUUACAAGAAGAUUCAAUAUUCACGUAGCAACCCUACAGCAACAGGAAAUGACUAUGAGUUUGUGAUCCGAGAGGGAAUUGUGUACAUUGGCCGUUGCCAUUGGUAUCCUCUCUCAGAGAAGCUCCAGUUGUCGAGUGAGAAGGACUCAGAUGCGCCUAAACUAUUUGAAAUAGGCGGAUCCUUAUUGGAAAGUGCCAAUUGGAAGCAGAUCGACCCCCAGGAACCCGGGCCACAGCAGGUUGAAAUUAACAUACACUAUACUGCUUUAAACUUCAGGGAUAUUAUGGUGGCCAUGGGAUUUGUGGGAAGCAGGGACGAACUUGGCUUUGAAGCAAGCGGUAUUGUGCGCCGAGUUGGCGCCGAGGUCGUUGACCUUUCUCCUGGUGACAAUGUGGUAGUUGUUGGCACCGGCCUUCUGCGAACUCGAGUGGUGGUCCAUCAACAAGAGUGUAAAAAAGUUCCGGAUUCUCUCAGCUUGCAGGAAGCCGUUACAAUGCCCGUGGUGUAUGCGACUGCCAUUUAUUCCCUGGUCCAUAUUGGGUCUUUGAAAAAGGGACAGUCUGUACUCAUUCAUUCUGCAUGUGGCGGUGUCGGGCUAGCAUCCAUUUAUAUAUGCCAGCUUAUUGGUGCUGAAAUCUACUGCACAGUGGGGAACAGAGAAAAGGCCGAGUAUUUAACUAAUUCCUUUGGAAUCCCCCAGGAGCGCAUCUUUGACUCUCGAAGUGCUUCGUUUCUACCAGACGUUAUGCGCGAAACAAAAGGACGUGGGGUCGACAUUGUCCUAAAUUCAUUGGCAGGAGAGUUGCUCCAUGCUUCCUGGGAAUGUGUAGCCCCAUUUGGAAAAAUGAUUGAAUUAGGAAAGCGUGAUCUGCUUACCCAUGGAGUUCUACCAAUGAACCCAUUUGAUGGAAAUAGAGCGUUUUUUGGAGUGGACUUGGCCAAGAUGGGAGACAUAGAUCCUGAGAUCAUUUCAAGACUGUAUGACCAAACAAUACACUGGUGGCGGGAGGGCAAGAUCCCAGCUAUUCAACCGGUGACCAUGUUUGACGCAUUGCAUACUGUAGAUGCGUUCCGAUAUUUGCAGAGUGGUAAGCACAUGGGCAAGGUGGUGAUAGAUAUAUCCGCAAACCAAAAUGAACUGCCCAGUCGGAAAUUGAUCACGGUGAGUUUUUCGCCACAGAAGUCCUAUCUUCUUGUGGGUGGUCUUGGUGGCAUUGGACGUGCUGUUUCAACGUGGAUGGUGGAGAAUGGUGCCCGUCAUCUAGUCUACUUUUCACGAUCAGCGGGACAGUCAGCCGACGACCAAAGCUUCAUACAGGAACUACGGACUAUGGGUUGCAAUAUUGUGUGCGUGCAAGGAAAUGUUACUAGUUUGAUGGAUGUGCAAGGAGCCAUUGCGAUGUGCCCCAGGCCCCUCGCUGGGGUUAUUCAACUAUCGUUGGCACUCGCUGACUGCUUGUAUAAAAAUAUGAGCUACGAGGACUGGUCGGCUGCGCUGGCGCCCAAGAUCACUGGCACUUGGAAUCUCCAUGAGGCAACAAAGGAACUAAACCUCGACAUAUUUGUUCUUUUCAGUUCUAGCAGCGGAUUUGGAGGAAAUGCUGGCCAGGCCAACUACGCCGCUGCAUCCACCUUCCUUGACAGCUUCAAUCAAUACCGCCACCAGCUCGGGCUGUCUUCCUCAGUGAUCGACCUUGGCCCGGUUCUGGACAUUGGCUUGAUCAGCCGUGAUCCGAAACUGAUUCAGGUAUUACGUAGUUCAAUGUUUGCCUGGCUAUCCGAAAGAGAUGUUGUCGCUGGUGUACAACUAGCCAUAUCACGCUCAAAAGCAAUCGACUCGAAUAUGCAAAUGCCAAUAUCCCAGGUAGCUUUUGGUUUUGCAUUUACCAGGAAGGCCACAGAACAAGUUAUCGACCGUUACCUUGAAGGGGAUGCACGACUUGCCCUCUACUACAAGUACAAUACGAGAGUGGCCGCUGGUCCUAAAGACGACGGGACCAGCGCUCGACUACGACGGCUACUAUCUGAAGUAAAAGCGGAUCCCACGGUACUUGAUGAUGAGGAAGCCAAGUCUAGGGCAAAGCAAGAAUUGAUGGCUGUCAUCGCAGUGCACCUUCCUGGGAGCGAAGACAAAGAUGAGGAUGAACUUCGCCAAAUGGCUAUAGAUUCCCUUAUGGCAAUUGAACUCCGAUCCUGGAUCCGUCGGUCUGCAGACUUAGAUUUUAGUGUUCUUGAGAUCUCCAAGGCAGCCACCCUUGGGACCCUAUGUGAUCGGAUUAUUGAGCGCCUCCGAGAGAAGUACUUACCAGAGGAAGCGACUGAUAGCCACGGGCAGUCACCAGGUGCAGACAAAUAG